GGUUGCACCCCGGCGUAAGUUAACGCUUUCGCAGCGGUAACGAACGGUGCACCUGUUAAAAGGAUGUGAAAGGAAGCGCCUUUCCCGUGCAAAUCUCUCUGCAAUCUCCCUGAAGAAAUAACACCCAGGCAGUACGCGGUAGGCGCUUGCCUUGAGACUCGCGGACGGUACACGCAACAGUUUCGCAGGUGAUUAACAGGACUGCUCCAUCGCAAGCCCCAAACGACUGAAACAGGAUUAGGAGACUGCCGCUCUGCAUCCCAAAUCAUGGCAUCAUCCUGCUUCAUCUCCGCAUUAUCACCGAGUAGGAAGCGUGGAGUUAUGGCCGAAAAGCCACUUGACGCUGGAUGUGUGUCGAUUGCUCUUGAAGACACUGUGUGCAACGGAGGGUCCCAGGACGCACCGCUCCUCACCACACACCUGAAGAAGGUGGAAAACCAUAUCACAGAGGCUCAGAGGUUCUCCCAUCUGCCCAAGCGUCCGGCUGUGGACAUAGAAUUCAGUGACCUCUCCUACUCUAUAAGGGAGGGACCUUGUUGGAGGAAAAGAGGGUACAAGACUCUUUUAAAAUGCCUUUCUGGAAAGUUCUGCAGUCGGGAGCUAAUCGGCAUAAUGGGUCCCUCAGGCGCUGGGAAGUCUACCUUCAUGAAUAUUUUGGCAGGAUACAGGAAAACGGGAAUGAAAGGGCAGAUCCUUGUAAAUGGGCAGCCUCGGGAUUUGCGAACAUUCCGGAAGAUGUCCUGUUACAUCAUGCAAGAUGACAUGUUGCUGCCACACCUCACAGUCCUGGAAGCCAUGAUGGUUUCAGCCCACCUUAAGCUGAAGGAGAAAUUGGAAGUUAAAAAGGAACUGGUGAAUGAGAUUCUGACAGCACUGGGACUGCUAAAAUGCUCAAACACCCGGACCCUCUCUCUGUCUGGUGGACAACGCAAGCGGCUGGCCAUUGCGCUGGAGCUCGUCAACAACCCUCCCGUUAUGUUCUUCGAUGAGCCGACCAGUGGUCUGGACAGUGCCUCUUGCUUCCAAGUUGUGUCGCUGAUGAGGUCACUAGCUCAGGGCGGGAGAACCAUCAUCUGCACUAUCCAUCAGCCCAGCGCUAAGCUCUUCGAGAUGUUUGACAAGCUCUUCAUCGUGAGCCAAGGGCAGUGCAUCUACAAAGGGAUUGUUCCCAACCUCAUCCCCUUCCUUAAAGGACUGGGACUACAUUGUCCGACCUAUCACAACCCUGCAGACUUCAUCAUUGAGGUGGCUUCAGGUGAAUAUGGAGACUUGAACCCUCUGCUCUUUAAAGCUGUGCAGGAUGGAAUGUGCACCAUGGCAGAGAAGAAGAACUCAACCAGUGGCAGUGAUCCAUCAGGCUGGAAGAGCCAGAGCCUCACGGACUCUGGUCCAAUUGAGAGCCGCACUUUUGCCAUAAGCUCCUUCGCUCAGUUUUGUAUCCUCUUCAGAAGAACCUUUGUUUCCAUAUUGAGGGAUGCGGUUCUGACCCAUCUGCGUUUCAUCUCCCACAUUUGCAUUGGAGUCCUGAUUGGUCUACUGUACCUCAACAUUGGUAACGAGGCAGAGAAAGUAUUUAACAACACAGGAUGCCUCUUUUUCUCCAUGCUCUUCCUCAUGUUUGCUGCUCUGAUGCCGACUGUACUGACCUUCCCUCUUGAGAUGUCUGUUUUCUUGAGGGAGCACCUCAACUACUGGUACAGUCUCAAGGCCUACUACUUAGCAAAAACUAUGGCGGACGUUCCUUUCCAAGUGAUCUGCCCAAUUGUGUACUGCAGCAUUGUGUACUGGAUGACGGCGCAGCCUCCCGAGGCUUCACGGUUCCUCUUAUUUGCUGCACUUGCCACAGCGACUGCAUUGGUGGCCCAGUCACUUGGACUCCUGAUCGGCGCUGCUUCCACGUCUUUACAGGUUGCCACAUUCGUGGGCCCUGUCACUGCUAUCCCCGUGCUCCUGUUCUCUGGAUUCUUUGUUAGCUUUGACACCAUCCCCACAUAUCUACAGUGGAGUUCCUACGUCUCUUAUGUCAGAUACGGCUUUGAGGGUGUCAUCUUGUCAAUUUAUGGAUUGGACAGAAAAAACCUGACCUGCAAUACCGAGUUUUGUCCUUAUAAGGAACCAAAGAAAAUUCUGCAAGAGUUGGAUGUGCAGGACGCAAAGCUUUACAUGGACUUCAUUGUCCUGGGUAUUUUUUUUGUUAUUUUGCGUUUGAUGGCCUACCUCGUCCUGCGUUACAAAGUCAAAUCUGAAAGAUAGAAAGGGAAUUGCAUACAGGUGGAUAUUUUGCGGCAUUUCGUCACACUGUCUGUGAACUGGAUCCAUUCUCGUGAGGUUUCGGAAUUGCUGAAAGCCUGUGUUAAGAUUGGGAACUGCUAGGCCGUAAAGCCUGAACGGUAAUCUCUAAAAAGGAAUCUUCAAACAUCAUGAUGGCUUUUGACAGGCCUUUUGGUUUUCUGAUUUUUAUUUUUUGCCUCUCUAGUUUUCCUUUUUGAAUCUUUAUCAAUUCUCACCCCGCGUGGAAGAUGGUUUGUCAGAGAAAACGACCUAUAUAAUGAAACAACUGUGCUUUGGCCUUCUGCACAAUGACAAUGUCAGAACGAUGCACCAACAACUGUUGAAAAAGCCCCAUUUGUGAAUUGUUAGACAGAUGUUACUCUGAAGUGUAUGUUUUUUUUUAAGAAGAUACAAAACAGAACUUUGAUUUUAGAACCAGAUUGUGAAUAAGCACAGUUUUUGUAGAACAAUGUACGCUUUAAUCUGUCACCUUGAGCAUGUUUGCUUAUAGCACGUUUUGUCAAAUUAUACUAAAUGUAAGUUUAAAUAAGGAAGCAAGGCAUUACAAACUAGGCUUUAAAUAUUGUAGUAGGCAUUGUGGAAAGUCUCUAUUACUUUUUGACAUUUUAAAAGUAUAUUUAAAAAGCUACAGUCUCGAAAGCGUAAAACAUUUAAAAAAAAAGGUAGUGUUAGCAAUUUUACCAAAUUUUGUAUUAGUAUUAUGGUUUUUAUUUUUUUUUGGUACUUAGAGAUUUCCUUUCUCGGUUAUUAAAUAAUAUCUAAAUUAUGUCUUUCUUCUCCCCCACACCACAGUAUUGUUUUUUUUAGGAAUCUUUUAAUCUCUUGAAAGCAACUCCCAUUUUGUGUAGCUGCACUGCACUGUAUCCAGAUGUUUGAACAAAUCACUGUGCUUAUCAUUUUGAAUUGCUCCAUUUCUUUUCUAAAUUUAAUGCUACUUCAGUCCCAGAGCAAAAGGGACAAUAAUCAUCAUUUCAUUGUGACAUAUGGUUCUAGAAUGUUUACUCUUCAAUCAAGUUCCAGUAAUUAUAAAGAUUCAUCUUCAUGAAGCAUGCAGAAACUCCUGGUAAUGUCCUUACACUAUUAUAGAAAAUAACAUUGCAAAGCUCUUAGUCAAUAUUGCAGUAUUUUAUGGUCUAAGUGUUCAUGGUCUGUUGACACUUUGACUUUAUCUAUGUGGCUGACUAUGGUGUGGGAGAGUGUACAGUUUUAUAAUUUUAAUUUCAAUACACAUAAGUUCGACUUUUUAAAAGAGCAGUAUCCUUACUGCAGGCUUGCACAUUGAAUCUCCAAUGGUUAGCAUUUUGUUUGUGGCUUAAAUGUCAUUUUCCUCCACAAAUAUCUUUUCAUACCAGUUUCAAAUCUCUAUUUUUCUCUCCAACAAUUUGUACAUUUAGUCUAAUUUAUUUGAUUGUAAAAUUCUCAACUCUGCUCGUCGGAGUCUAAAGUGUGCAUUGAGGACAGAAGGUAAAAUAUAAGGCUGUUUUAAAAAAAAUAUAUUGACAUUUUGACAGUGAUCCUUUCAAUCCUGUUUCCCAGCUCCUGCUUUCUCAUAGACCACACAAAGCCAAAGUCAAUGCUGAGUUUAUUGUUAUAUGUACAUGUAUGCACAGGUGCAAUGAAAAACUUGCAGCAGCAUAAGGGCUCCCUCAACUGCAGGAGAAAAAACAAUUAGUCCACAGUCAGUGCAUUGUGUCCAGUUCUGAUCACCACACGUGAGGAUGGAAGGUCUUGGGUAGGUGCAGAGAAGGUUAACCAGAGUGGUUCCAGGGAUGAAGGUUCUCAACUACAAGGUCAGAGAGGGGUGGCUGGCGCAGUUCUCAUGGAGCAUAGAAGCAAUUGAGGAGAUUUAAUGGUGGUGAUAGACCCCGAAGGAUUUAAAUGUAGAGAAGCUCAACCCAUUGAUGGAUGGUUGUAGGACUUGUGAGGGGAAAAAGACAGAGGCAAUGUGGGGAAAAACCUUUUUGUUUAGACCCAGGAAAUGGUUUUGAUCCAGAGCUUGUUGCCUUUGAGCCUGGUGGAAAUGCAGUCAUUUCGGGCUUUCAAAAGGAAGUUUGUUAGGCAUUUGAGGAAGAAUAAUACACAGGACUACAAGAGCAAAAGAAUUGGGUUGAAUGGAUUGUUCUACAAGAACUAGAAUUGGGUUAAUGGGUUGAUGGUUCCCCCCUGUGCCAUAACAAGGAUUUAAUUCUGUUCAGUAAUUCAGAUCCUUCAAUAUCAAAAGGUGUAACUCUACCCAAAACUCUGUAUUUAAGUUGUGCAACUUGGAUCUGUUGUCUUCUAUGUGACUCUUGAAUGGUCCCAGUAGCUCAGGGAAUUAGUGCAUUCCAAACAGUAUUCAGUAAUCUUCAUUGUUACAUUCGGUGCUCUGUACCACCAAUCCCUUGGUUAGACCCAUUAUUGUACCUCACCCGUCUGCCUCCUUUCCAUUAUCACCAUCUGCGGCUGGUAUCUUUGCCUCAGAUCUAAUUCCUGUUCCUUUUGAGGUUAAGUCUUGUCCAAUUGAAGUAGGCAGAUGAGAACAUAAAAAAGAGGAGAUUGAAUUUAUGGCACUGCUGAAGUUGUAUUCAAAAUUCAAGUUGCAGUUUAAUGAAGACAAAGACAAUAUUAAGGUCUUGGUAGGAGGAAUCUGUGUUUGACAUUCAUUCCUGCAGCUUUUCAACCCAUUUGAACUUCUGCAUCAAAUGAUUGCUUCAUAAUUUUAUUAAAUUUUGCAUUUAUGUUUCUAAACCUACAUUCUGCAAAAUUGAUUAUUUAUGUGUUCUUUAGGAACCAAGUGGAUUUAAAAUAUUUCUUGUGCAAGCCUGGCAAGAGGGGAGCUGCCUCUUUGUAUUUGCAGAAUCAAUGCAAUUGUAAGAUUUAACUGCCAUAUAUGUGUAAAUAGAGCUAAACAGUCUGCAAGGAUGUCAAAGAAUUCAGCACGUUCACAAGACCCAUUUGCACUGUACGAAUUCACUUGGAAAUUAACGCUGUGGAAUUUUGGUAUUAUACUGUUUGAGCAACAUUUAAAGUAAUUUUUGCAAUCAUAACAGAUAGAGCCUAGCCAAUCAGGAACACCUUUUUCUCAGAGACACAUAGAUAAAGGAAAUGAAAAUUUGCAAGAAGUCAGAAAUCAAAACAAAAAUGCUUUACAACUUAAUUUUUCGAUUCAAAUCAAAAUGAGAAAACAAGACAAAAUUUCCAAUGCUCUUUUAGUAAAGAAUGCAAAUUGUAACGAUGUUAUAGCCAGGUGGAUUGGGGAAAUUCCUGUGUCAAGCAAGUGACCGAGAUUGAUGUUAUGUGCAGAAUGUAUAUGUAACUACCUUCCAUUCACCAUCUUUCUGGGAAAAUUAUCCUUUUAUGGAGGGAUUCGCUUUAGUUUCUGUUUCCUUUGCUCUUUAAACAGACUCUGUUUACUAAGUGAAUUGGCAUUGUUUACUAAUCAACAGACCAAGAGUUAAAAAGUCUGCCCCACCUCCAACUCCUCGGAUGUAGCAUGGCUGUCAGUGAAUGCUCUUUAUUAAAAGUGCUUAGUUCAAACUAGCAGGUAAAUUAAAUGUUUUAUUGAACAAUAACAACUUAGCAACUAAUAGAUGUAUGUGCUAGUCUGUCAGAGCAAAGCUGAUUAACAAUUUUUGUGGAUCUAUUAGCAUAAAGGAAGAGACCAACUCAAAGCACUAACUUCUCUUCCUGGUUCAAAUGUAAGUCAUGAUAUUUACUUAAAAGAUUUGGGAUUUAUUUUAAACUUUCGUUUUUCUUUACUGGGAGUUCUUGUUCAAGCAUAGAGUAUUCUCGCUGCUCCAGGUGAGUAACAAUGAGAAGUGACUGAUACCGUUGUUGUGGGGGAAUUGACUGGGAUCAUUCAUCUACCAGGAUUUCUGCUCCUCUUCAUAUGGGCACAACCUUGUGGCUCCUGCUAGGUAGUUUGUAUCAGUGGAUGUUGGAUGACAACAGAGUUAUAACUUGAUGGGAUGCAGUCUAUGGUCCAAUAGCCUGCCAACACUCACUGCGUGCACAGACCCAAGCAGUAUGAGCACUUUUGAAGGCGUGACAGGGUUUUCCCAGAGCCCAAGGAAUGUUAUCUGAACAAGGCAGAAGUGUGGAGAAUAGCAAUGGUGAUAACAAUCACCGAAAUUAAUCCUAAUUAGCAGUCAUUUUAACAUGGAUCCCGAUGGUGAGUGAUCCCUCUUUACAAUAUUUCUUUUAUUACUUUAAUGACUGUUUCACAACUCUUUCUUGAGGUAGGGGACAGAGAGAAUUAACAGUAGGAUCCCACCAAAUUAACAUCUUUGAAGUAGAGGAAGAAAAAAAGAACAGGUGUUUCUGUGUAGUUUCCAUCACUACUGUUUCCUUGGUGAGCUGACAAUCAUUUUGCUUUGACCCACAACUGUCUCUCCUCCCCAUUCCCUGUGCAUUCCCAUCACCGUGCAGGGCAGUCCUCUUCAAGGAAAUAUUAGGAGUGCGGGUCAGAGAGAGAGAGAGAGAGAGUGAGAGAUCGCAAACCUGUUGGGAUGUUGGGAAUCUUGACAUGGAGCUUGGGUCAUGCCCCAUACUGGUGCAGGUUCCCAGUUUAGCUGCAAAGAUUGCCAUGUCUGUUCCCCUGACCUGUGUCCCCUGUUGUCAAUACUUGGCCCAGAACUUGGGAUCUCUGACAAUCUCCCCUCCAGGGCUGCAUCAAAACAGGUAACAGAAAAUCUGCUGGGUUCCUUGAGUAAAAUGUACUUGCACGAUAUUGACUCAUCACGGACUGUAGCUGGAAUGCGAUAGAUGUAUUCUGAAAAGAUUGGGUCCCCAGUGAGCUGAAGACCCUUCCACAUCCAUGCCAAUCUUAUUCAGUCUGUAAAUGAAAGUAAGAAAAAUGUGCAGAUGCUGAAAAUCUGAAAUAUAAACAGAAAAUGCUGGAAACACUCAGCAGGUUGGGCAGAGUCUAUGUUUCGAGCAUUUUGUUUAUAUUUCAGUCAAUAGUUGCAUUUAAUCAAUUUCUGCAAUGAAGCAAGAGAGAUUAUUAAUUUUCCGUUCUGGGUGGUUUGCACAUUAGUGUUAAAAGAAAGAUAUAAUUUUACAACUUUGGAGAAAGAUAUUUAAAUCAGCACUAGAAUUACAAAAUCCCAAAUUAGUCUGUGAUGUUCAGUUGGCACUGAGUACCAGCUCACAGUUAAGAACGCAGCUAACAGGAAAUCCUGAAAGGGUUUAAGCACUGCUGUUUUUUUGUUCCACUCCUAUCGAGGUCCAGUGUUGUGCAGGUAGGAAGACCCUUGGUGCAAGUGGGAUAGUUUGAUACCGUUUGAGAAAUUGGGAUGUGGGUGCUGAUUUCAGCAACACUUAAAGGCUUGGCAGAAAGGGAAAAACAAAUCGACCAGUGGCCCUGCCCCUAACUGAUGUUCAGUAGCUCAUGUAGAAAACUCCUGCAUAUUGCAUCUCUCCAAAAGAGAUUGGCCAUGAAAGUGGGACGUACCACAGGUAAAUCAUCUACUGAAGAUCAAUGAAUGCCUAGUUUGCUGAUAAUUUUACAUCAGAGGAGGCUGUGCCUUUAAAAGAGAAAGAAAGGAUUUGAUGGAAAUGCUUUUAGAAUGUUUUAUUUUAGAGAAUGAAUCAAAUACAUUUCCUUUCCAUGGCUUAUUCUGUUUAUAUUGCACGUGCUAAAAACUUGACUGUCAGGCUGAUUUUUGAACAGAACUAAAGUCAACACACGGGUCACAUAUUAAUAAUGUUUAUGCAAAUCAAAGAUGUAAUGUCCAAAGUUGCUAAUGAAUAUUUAUACCAGUGACUGUUGUUGGACUGUAUGUUACUUUCUGUAAGAAGUUUCUGUUAACAUAUU